CUUCUUGAGUUCAGCUGUAAAUACUGGAAUAUUCCCAUCAGUCUACAAGUGAAGACGAGCAUCAGACCAUCAGGAAGAAGUGAAAUCUGCAAAGACAGAGUUUAUUGAAGGACAGUGAGAAGAUGAGUGAUCCAGAACCCUGCAGAAUUAAACAGGAAGAGACUGAAGAACUAAUAGAUGUGAAGGAGGAGAGUGAAGAACUGAAUGAAGAUGAGGAGAAACAUCAGGUCAAACCUGAAGAAGAAACUCAAUCAGAGACUGAACAAAGUAUUUCAGUGGAAAGAACUGCUGUUAAAGGUUUUAGCUGCACUCAGUGUGGGAAGAGUUUCAGGUAUAAAUAUGAUCUCGGUCGUCACAUGAGGAUUCACACUGGAGAGAAACCUUACCAGUGUUCACACUGCGACAACAGAUUCAGCGAUUCAGGAUGCCUCAAAUCACACGAGAGGAUUCACACUGGAGAGAAACCGUAUCACUGCACUGCUUGUGGGAAGAGUUUCAGACAUUUGUCUUCUCUACAAAGACACACACGAAUCUUUCACAACCCGAUGGUGAAGGAGGAGGAAAGUGUCAAUGGUCAAUAUUCAUGCUCUUUGUGUGGAAAGGGUUUCACUCAACAAUCAGGUUUAAAGAGACAUCAGCGGACUCACACUGGAGUGAGACCACACACAUGUGAUCAGUGCGGCAAAUCCUUUUUUAGCCGUUCUGAUUUGAAGGUCCAUCUUAGAGUUCAUACAAGCGAGAAGCCUUAUUCCUGCUCCGAGUGUGGAAAGAGUUUUAUUCUUAAGUCAUAUUUAAGAAGACAUCUGGUAAUUCACGCUGGUGUGAAAGAGUUCGCGUGCUUUGAGUGUGGGAAGAGUUUUAUUUUACCUGGAGACUUGAAACGACACCAGAUGACUCACACUGGAGAGAAACCGUACACAUGUACUCAGUGCGGGAAGAGUUUCACGCAAUCAACAAACCGUAAGAAACACAUGAAGAUCCACACUGGAGAGAUAAACAGCUAGGGUUCUAUCCAAAGAUGCAAAUUAGAUUAAUGUGCAAAACUGAAAUGUGGCAUAAAACAUUUGUAAAUAAAGCAGCGUUUCCAUCCAAUGAGUCAAAGACAAUUAAAUCAUCAUGUUCUGAUAAACUAGCAGCAAACAUCAGACAGAAAAAUGUAGUUUUGUGCGGUCGGAGAAGCUAAUGUGCACCUCUUCUAUAAUAAAUUACUUGCGGAUCAGAAGACGAAAUGCAAUGAACGCAAUGUGGUGGCUGUUGGAGGCGGGAGAUGCUCAAGACAAUUCUGAAGGUAAUAGUAUAAUAAUACUCAACCACUGUGAUGACAGACUUUAGCUGAGGUGUUUUAGAAAAACCAAAACAACAUUUCAGAUGUUUUACAAUGUGGUUUGUCCAUUAAUGCGUCCCAUCACACACAAUAAUCAUCACAUGAUCUGUUUAAACUAAAUCACAUUACAUUUCUCUGAUGCGCAUGCUGGAGUUUAUUCUGUAAUUGUGUUUCCAUCGUAGUUUAUGCCCAUUUAUUUCUUAUCAGAUCAAAUGUUUAUCCCACUCUAUGGUAAGAGUCCAACUGAAUUUAAUCCUAUUGCAUUUUGAAAAUGUGGCUUUUUCCAUUAAGCCUUUCUAUAAUGUGAUAAUCCAAAACGCACAGGAGAAUGGAAACGGCUAAUGAAAUUUACCUUACCGUUACACAAAACAUCAGAUUUGAUCAUUGAAUCUUUGUUACUAAAUGUUUCAAUUAUUUCUAAAUGAGGCAUGCUCAAUCGAAAUAAGCACAAUAAACAAUCUGCAAGAACCAGCAGGGGCGUAGUAACCGGGGGGGAUGGGGGGAUACGUCCCCCUCACUUUUAAAGACAUACCAUUUAGAAACAGGUGAUUAAUAAUUAUAUGAACGUAUGAUCUCAUACAGCCGUCCCCCCACUUUUAAAAUGUCCGCUACGCCCCUGAGAACCAGUUAGGCAGACUUAUACAGUGCAAAUUAGCAUUCAUUAUUAUCGACAGCUAUCAUGAUGGAGCACUAUUUAACAUCAAGUAAAAGACUGAAUUUCAGACACUGCAGAAUAGCUCACUAAUAACACAACAGUCUUCAUCUGUUCAGUUUGAGCUUGUUCUGCUGGUGUUUCAUGAAUGAGGCCCAGUGGGAAGAGUUUUGGCCGCUCGUCUAAUCUACCCAGACAAGCAGAAAACAAUCAGUGUGUGUGUAAAACUCUUAACCAGAUUACAGAUGAAGAAACGUCAUCUAAAGCUUUGACAGCAGCUUCAUUGUAGGAUUCAGAUCAGCUUAUAGAUGGAGUUUCUCACCAAACAACAUGAUCUGAAGCUUUUAUUGUAGACGUCUGUCAUUUUGCUUUGAUAUAAUUUAUGUAGUUACGCAAAAUUUCUAAAACUAGAUAUCAAUGAUGAUAUAUGAUCAUUAUUUCAUUAUUGUUAUUAGCUUCUAGCCAACAUUUUUAA